AUGCACCGCGCAGCCUUCUGCAUGUCGGCCAGCUUUGGCGCCAGGCCCCUCCUUCGAGGGGCCGGCAUGAGCCGCCCUCUACUUGCUGGACGUGCCGCAGUGCUGUCCUGUCAACGGACUCUCACCACCACUUCUGCACGUCGCGCAGAGCAGCACCAGGGCUCUGAGCACAGCUCCGAACACCGAGGAUGGAACACACGAUCCGUCCUUGCUCUCGCCGCUGCGGCGGGCACCAUCGGUUGGGCGCUAGCGAGUACUCGCCAAGAGGGAUCUUGGGGUACGUCGCUCUUGACCUCGGGUCGUGGCCCGACGCUGCUGGAUGGCAAGCCAGGCCGCCAACCGCAGUAUGCGAGCAUGUCUCAGAUGGAACGUGCAUUAAAGGAAAUCGAGAACUCGCUGGGCCAGGAGGACAUCAUCUCAACCGAUCCCGAGGAUCUCCAUGCUCACGGAUAUUCAGAGUGGUCAUCAACCAAUCCUGAAGGACUCCCUGUCGCCGUCGCUUACCCUCGGUCGACGGAGCAGGUUUCGGCCAUUGCGCGCAUCUGUAACAAGUACCGCAUCCCCAUCAUCCCUUACUCAGGCGGCUCCAGCCUAGAGGGUAACUUUUCUGCUCCCUUUGGCGGUAUAAGCGUUGAUUUUGCCUACAUGGACAAGAUUAUCAAAUUCAACAAGGAGGACAUGGAUAUUGUCGUUCAGCCCAGCAUCGGCUGGCAGGAUCUCAAUGAGCAGCUUGCCAAGCAGAGCAGCGGGCUCUUCUUCCCCAUCGAUCCUGGCCCGAGCGCCAAGAUUGGCGGCAUGAUUGGGACCAACUGCUCUGGAACGAACGCCGUCAAGUACGGCACCAUGAAGGACUGGGUGAUCAACCUGACGGUCGUCCUAGCCGACGGCACGGUCAUCAAGACGAGGAGACGGCCAAGGAAAUCAUCCGCAGGCUACAACCUCAACGGCCUCUUUGUCGGGUCCGAAGGCACGCUGGCAACUCUCAAACUCGCCGUUAUCCCGCAAGACUUCUCGGUCGCCGUCGUCACGUUCCCCACCAUCCGCGACGCCGCUUCAGCCGCCGCCGAGGUGAUGCAGAACGGCAUUCCUGUCGCCGCCAUGGAGAUCAUGGACGAGGUGCAGAUGAAGGUCGUCAACAUGGGUGGCGCCACGGCGCCACGCGUCUGGAAGGAACUGCCGACGCUGUUCUUCAAGUUCUCGGGCACCAAGGCGGGCGUCAAGGAGAACAUUGGGCUCGUCCAGAGGAUCACGCGCGCGCAUUCUGGCGGCCACUUUGAGUUUGCAAAGGAUGAGCGCGAGCAGAAGCUCCUGUGGUCAGCGCGUAAAGAGUCGCUCUGGUCGAUGCUUGCGCUGCGCCGGAACGGCGAGGAAGUUUGGAGUACUGAUGUGGCCGUCCCGUUUAGCCGCCUCGGCGAGCUCAUCGAGGUGAGCAAGAAGGAAAUGGACGACCUGGGCCUCUUCGCUAGCAUCCUCGGUCACAUUGGCGACGGUAACUUCCACGAGAGCAUCAUCUACAAUGCACAGAAUCCCGACGAGCGCAAAAAGGUCGAAAAGUGCGUCAAGAACAUGGUGCAGCGGGCCCUCGACAUGGAGGGCACAUGUACGGGCGAGCACGGUAUCGGCUGGGGCAAGAAGGAGUCGCUGCUGCUGGAGGCGGGCAAAGACACGCUCGGUGUGAUGAAGGCGAUCAAGUGGGCACUGGACCCCCUGUGGAUCAUGAAUCCAGGAAAGAUUAUGGAUCUCCCUUGA